GCCGAGAGAAUAAACCUGAAAUGGAGCCCUACCCACCCCGUGCGACCGACUUGUCUCGCAAUUUCAAGAUGUAGGCAUCAAUGGUUGGAGGCGGCUCGAAUCACCAGCAACAUCUACAAAAUUGAUCGAGAAGGCAUCUAAACUCGAAAGUACAGGUAAGACCCACCACCGCCGGAAGACCUUAAAGCCCAACGGAUAAUAUAUCUUAACUGCCGACCACCUUCACUUCUUAGAUAUUAAGCAAAACCAUAUGGAUUAUUAUUGUGAAAUAGAAGCCAAAACUUCGAGUCUAUAUUAACCUAUAUUUUCGUCUCUCUAGUUUAAAAAAUAAUUAAUUAACCCCUGUAUUUUCGUAUCUAUUAAUAACCUAAAUAUUAGUUUACUCGGAAAAAAUGCCUCCGUUGUGGCAUUCAUGACUUCGGAUGCCGAAGAGGCUUCAGGCGAGUUCACGGGAAAUGUUCAACAACUAACAAAUCUGUGUUGAAAAUAGGAACGAAUUAGAGAAUAUUAAAAGAAAUUACAAAUUAAAUAAUGAAUGCGCAAGAAAAUAAAAACAUCGCUCAAACAUAAAGUCUUCCCUGUGACCACGGCCACAAUAAAAUAAAACAGUCCCGCACACCAUGACGAUCUGUAUACAUCUAUGAUCAUCCAAGAUGCAGAGAAAAAAAGAAGUUGGUCAGCACAAUCAAGGGCUAAAUCAUGCCUGCUGCAUUCACCCCGACCAAAGUAACAAUGAUGCCAAAUUCGGUCAUUAAACAGCCUAUAUUGGAUAGUUGAAAACAUUUUCUCCGCUUAAGAAGUCCCUAUGGAGUGGGAAAUCAAAAUACCAGAGAUGGAGCUUCUAUCAAUUAUUCAUGGCCAUGGGCUUCUAGCAGCUUUUAUUUUUCUACUGGUCAACUUGUCUCCGUCUUCUUCUUUGCCUCAAGGAUACGGGCUCCCUUACAUGACUUCAAACGUCAAAGAGGUAUUAGGAAAGUCCUUUGAUUAUAUAAUCGUGGGGGGAGGCACCGCCGGUUGCCCCCUAGCUGCAACUCUUUCAGAAAAAUUUUCUGUGCUUCUGAUAGAACGAGGAGGCUCACCGUAUGAAAAUCCUAUGUUGUUGGAUAAGAAGUACUUUGGCUUCCCAUUUCUCCAAACUGACGAAUUUUCAUCUGUGGCUCAAAGAUUUAUCUCCAGAGAUGGAGUUCCAAACCUAAGAGGACGAGUCCUUGGAGGAACAUCAACCAUAAAUGCUGGUUUCUAUAGCAGAGCCAGUGCUGACUUUAUUAAAAGAGUAGGGUGGGAUGAAAAGCUGGUGAAGGAGGCCUAUGAGUGGGCGGAGUCUAAAGUUGUUUUUAAACCUCUGUUAACCAAGUGGAAUUCUGCUGUUAAGUCUGGCCUUCUUGAAGCAGGAAUUCUACCUUAUAAUGGUUUCAGCUGGGAUCAUAUUGCGGGAACAAAAAUCGGUGGAACUGUGUUUGAUGCAAACAGAAAGAGGCACAUCUCAGCUGAUCUUCUAGAAAGAGGGAACUCAAGUAAUAUCGUAGUUCUUCUGAAUGCUACUGUGAAGAAUAUCGUCUUCCGAAGUGAUGAUAAAGGAAAAAAGAGCAUAGUUCGUGGUAUCAGGUUCAUUAACAGCAACGGCAGCAUAAAUCAAACUUAUGAAUCUUACCUUACCCAACCAGAGAAUUCGAGUCCACAGGGUGAUGUUAUUUUGUCGGCAGGAGCGAUAGGCAGCCCCCAAAUUCUAUUGCUAAGCGGCAUCGGACCAAAAGGACAUCUUGGGAACUUCAGCAUCCCACUUUUGCUGGACUUGAAAGGGGUUGGGCAAGAUAUGCAAGACAAUCCUGGAAUCACCUUGAUCCUAAGGGCCAAACCUGAAUAUCGGCUACCAGAAUCGCCUCAAGUUGUUGGCAUAGCAAAAGACUUCAAAUUCGUUGUUGAGGGAUUUGUGCUACCAGUAAGCUUCAAUGCAACGACACUAAUGCGAAUUUCAAUUAAGUUGGCAUUUCCAGAAUCCAAAGGGAGGCUCGAAUUGAACAACACAGACCCUAGGCAGAACCCUGUGGUGCUGUUCAACUAUCUAGCAGAGGAAAAAGACUUGAGAGAAUGUGUCCAGAUGGUUCAACUGGUUAAGAAAGUAGCAAGGUCCAGGUCCAUUGCUCGGUUCCUGGGGGCCAAACCCCUAAUUAAUGUGACAUCCAAUCCCAAUGAGCUAAGAAACUUCUGCAGGAAGAACGUGAGGACUUAUUAUCACUUUCACGGUGGUUGUUCUAUAGGAUCAGUUAUCGAUAAUGAUUACAAAGUAAUUGGAGUGAAGGGAUUGAGAGUAAUAGAUGGCUCAACUCUCUCCGAAUCGCCAGGAACAAACCCCAUGGCCACGCUUUUAAUGCUAGGGAGGUACCAAGGGAUCAAGAUUCUCAAGGAAAGGGAGGAUGCUUCUGCAUUUGGUAACCAACAACACCCGUAAUUAACGAACUCCCAACUUCAGCUAUGUGUAUCGUUUCUGGGAAGUUCAGUCGAAGGAAAUAAUUCACCGUUUUAUGGUUAGUGUCCUUACUUACACUGCACGACUCAUCUUAUUCUGCUCUCCACAAUGGUCAUAGAGUUCCCAAUUUUACUCUAGAACUAAAUAUUUUUUCUUGAGUUUAA